AUGAUCAUUCUUAAGUUAACGGAUCUGAAAAAAAAAAAAAAGGAAGCCAUUCUUGCUGCCCUUCGGGCAUUCGGACGCGGCCCAGAAGAAGUAGACCUUACUAUGGCUCAAGAGCAUGCCCGGUCUAUCAUGGCCUCUUGUCCCGUCAGUUAUGUCCGUACGGCUCGUUUACAUGGUUCGAUUUUUGAUGACGAUACACGCGACGGAACUAUAUCGUGUGCCGAUACCCAAUUUUGGGUAAAUCAUGAAGAACCUUUGAAGACAUUAGCAAGUAUUCGUGCAAAGGGUAUUGUGUGGCCAUUUGGCGAUCUUCCUGACGGCUUCGAGUUUCUAAUCAUGGUUAAGGCUAAGGUGAAUGAGAAUCGUCGGGCAGCUAUGAUCUCUUCGGAGUUCUAG